AUGAAUUCACGAUCCGAUAAUAAUGAAGUGCUUGAUUCUCACGUGAUAAAAUGUGAAGCCGAUGGGGAUGAAACAUAUUCAACAAACAAUAAUACUGUGGCAUUACCAACGACUACGAAUUUAGGCAAUAAUGAUCAACUCGAUUGUGUGGUAUGUGGUGAUCGUGCUACAGGUAAACAUUACGGAGCAAUUUCAUGUGAUGGAUGUAAAGGAUUUUUUCGUCGAAGUGUAAGAAAAAAUCCUGUUUACGAAUGUCGACAUCAAAAAGAUUGUAUUAUUGAUAAAGAUAAACGUAAUCAGUGUCGACAUUGUCGAUGGAAAAAAUGUAUCCGUACAGGAAUGAAAAAAGAUGCUGUACAAAAAGAACGUGAUCGUCUUGGUAGACAACGACAUCAUGAUGAGUUUGACGAAGAUGAUGACGAUUUAAGUGUGUCGGCUCUUGUGAGAGCCGAACAAACAGCUCAGGAAUUUAUUAACAGACAAAUCCACUUAGAUAAACAUCCACACAAUUCUGAACGUAUUCAUGCAACAUUGGAGACCAUAGGAGUUUCAAUGAAUUAUCAGUUACGAAGUUUAAUUGAAUGGGCGAAAGAUUUGAAAGGUUUUAUCGAAUUAUCAGAUAAUGAUAAAAUUGCAUUGUUACGUGGACAUACUGGUGAAAAUUUAAUACUAGGUGUCGCUUGUCGCUCAUUACAGUGUGAAGACCAUCUUAUACUUGGAAAUCAUCAUAUUAUUUCACGAAAUGCACCCGAUGAAGGUCUUAGACGUGCGGCUAUCAGAAUAUUAGAUGAAAUCGUUAAACCAUUAAAAGAAAUUCAAUUAGACGAAAAAGAAUUUGCUUGUUUAAAAGCAAUUGUUUUUUUUGAUCCAGGUAUACUUCAUAACAAAUCUCUUGCCGAGCCAAAUCGUGUUAAAGAAAUUCGUAAACGUAUUCAAGUCAAUUUAGAAACAUAUAUUAAUCAAAGUCAACCAUUAAUGAGAGGAAGAUUUGGCGAAAUGCUACUACUAAUGCCACCACUACAAAAUAUCGCUCGACUCAUGGUUGAUCUUGUAGCAAAAUAUAAUCAAGAUACAAAACAAGUCGAUGAUCUCAUUACAGAAAUGCUUUUAAUUAGAUAUCAGGAUUAUCGUGCAUCAACAUCGCCCAAAACAUCAUCAAAUUAUGAUACAAAUUCAAAAGAUGAUUUGGAUUCGAAUGAUUCAUCUGUUGAGAUAAUGGACGAUAAUUCUCAAGAUGCUGCUGUCAUGAUGAUUAUGGAAGAUAUGUUACCGUAUUUAACAAAUGUUAAUUUAACAACUGAUUCGAAUUCUGAAAUAUCAACAACUGUCAACCACCAAGAUUUCCGUUUAACAGCACAUGAUCCAACUCUCAGUACAUUAAAUCGUACCUCAUCUACGAAUGAUAUCGAUAUUUUAGCACCUAAUCAAACAUCGACUGAAAACGAUUAUCAUCAAAAUAUUUUCAGUUAUACCGGACGUUCUAAAUCCAUAUCGAAUACGCUCACGUACGAUUCGAAUGAUAUCAGUUCUCUUUGUGAUUUAAUAACACCACCAUCUCAUCUUCUUUCGCAUACAACAGGCGACUACAAUCGAAGUAUUAAUACUCAUCCGUUAACGAGGCAUAAUUCAAUUCCGUUAAAUCAACAGCAGUCCAAUACAACUUCUAACUUUUUAAAUUCUUACUCAACAACUACAACAUCGUUAUUUAAUACUUCGACCCGAAAUACAAUCGAAUCAUCUCCAAAAGAUAUCGUCCAGUUUGAUCAGUACCGUUCAAAUAAUAAUCAUGAUCCAUAUCAACAACAUGAUAUGGAUUGGAAACUGAAUAGUUACACACUACCAUCUAAUUUAAGAUAUUUAGCUCAUGAUGGGAGAGAAUUUUCUAUUAAAAAAGAAGAACAUUCAACAUCCAAUUCACCUUUAACAAGAGAAAAUCUUUUAUGA